GGUGGUCGUGAGAUGAACGAAAUCCAUCGGGCAAGUCAACUGCAUCUAUUGCUCCUCAGCUCCGUCAGCCACCAAAUGGUAUUCUUAUGACCAAUGAAAGGAGUGAUAACAAUCCAGAAGAAGCAACUGCUUGUAUUGCUUUAUCUAAGAAUGACUCUUAUGCAACGUCUGCAUCAGGCGCCAAGCACAUUGUCCAAGUGGGGUUGGGAGAUGAUGAUCAGGGUAUUGAGGAUGACUUCUCUGCAUGGAGGGAGCUUCUUUGGCCGGAGUUGGAUAAGUUACUUCAGGAUGAAAAUGAGACAGGUGCAUCUACUCCUUAUAUAGCUACCAUUCCUGAAUAUCGGUUUGAAUUUUGCAAAUGGCCAUGCUAUUCAUGA